AAUGACAGUUUAUCAUCUAUUAAUUAUUAAUCGUGCUGGUUCAUUAAUUUAUGAUUGGGAAAAUCGCCGUUCUGUCGAUCCACAAAUAGCUCCUUUAAGUGCUAAUGAGAAGAUUAUUUUGGCCAGUAUUUUUCAUUCACUCUAUACAAUAGCUUCUCAAUUAAGUCCUGUGGCCAAGAGUAGUGGAGUUGAAGUUUUGGAAACAAGUCAAUUUAGAUUACAAUGUUUUCAAUCAUUUACUGGCAUUAAAUUUGUUGUUAUUUCUGCCUAUACAAAUACACAAAAUGUUGAAUCUUUAUUGAGGAAAAUUUAUGAACUUUACGCGGAUUAUGCAUUAAAAAAUCCUUUCUAUUCAAUUGACAUGCCAAUUAGAGCUGAAAAAUUCGAUGCUUCAAUGAAAAUUGUGAUUGAGAGAAUUUGGUUUGUGUCUUCAAUGUAUUUGAAGUAUUAUUUGGACGCACAAGGAAAUCGAGUUUAUACACUUAAGAAGCAAGAUCCAGUUAACGGUAACAACACAUUUUCUGCUCAUCCAGCUCGCUUUUCACCUGAAGACAAAUUCUCAAAGUAUCGCUUGAUAAUUAAGAAGCGCUUUGGAUUGUUGCCAACGCAGACAGAAACGCCCAACUAUUGA